CAGACUACGUUCUCUGGUAGUCUGCAAAGAGCAGCUACUGCAGAGGGGGUUGCUAAGAAAGGGAGGAGAUUGUGCAAAGGUUUAAUCAAGCUAGAAGCACUUAAUUAACCUUCACCGCUUCUUCUCCAUGCUCGUCUCUUCUGGCUUAGUUUGCUCUAUUUAAUGAAUUGUACCAGAAUGAUACAGAUCUUGGACCCAAGACCUUUGCCCAGCUCCAUGAUGCCCGUUGAUGUGGCCAUGAGAAUUUGCUUAGCCCAUUCGCCACCUCUGAAGAGAAUUCUCAGCCCUCUCGAUGACUAUCAAAGAAGAAACUUUGUUAACAGAUUCAAGCCUCUCAGACCAUGUCUCAAUGUGAAACGUGAAUCUGACUGUCGAAACAAUGACUGGAACCGCUCCCCAAGCCGAGCCAAGAAGCGAGUCGUGUUUGCAGAUUCAAAGGGGCUAUCUCUGACUGCAAUCCAUGUCUUCUCUGAAAUCCAGGAGCAUCCGGUGUGGGAUCUUCAGUAUGACUUGUUAGACCUUGAAGACAUAACUGCUGGUUUAAAACUACAUGAAGAGAAAAAUUUGAUUCUGGGUUUCCCUCAGCCUUCAGCUGAUUACUUAGAUUUUCGGAAUCACUUGCAGAAGAACUUUGUCUGUCUCGAGAAUUGCACCCUCCAAGAAAGGGCUGUGGCAGGGACUGUGAAAGUGAAAAACGUGAGCUAUGAGAAGAAGGUUCAGGUUCGAAUUACCUUUGAUACGUGGAAAACCUACACUGAUGUUGACUGUGUGUAUAUGAACAAUGUGUAUGGUGACUCUGACAGCGACACCUUCUCAUUUGCUAUUGAGCUGCCUCCAGCCAUUCCCACUCAAGAGAAGAUUGAGUUCUGCAUUUCUUACCAAAGUGGUGAGCACAUCUUCUGGGACAAUAACGAGGGUCAGAACUAUAAGAUUGUCCAUGCAGAAUGGAAACCUGAUGGCGUUCAAGCACCAGCAUCUACUAAGAGAGACUGCACAGUUCCUAAGAUUCCAAGGAAGACACAUGAAACAGAGUGUGAGCAGCUUGGCAGUCCGAGGCUGUCAAAUGGCUUCUUUCCUGAGUGGCAAAGCUGGGAUAGGAUUGAAAACUCAUCCCCAUAUUGGUGAAUGAACUACUAGCCCAUGAGCAUUCCUGCUUUCAGUAACUAAACAGUGUUAGUCUUCAGCCUCUGCUUCAUGUACAGUACACCAAAACCUGCUAGAAAGUUUUGCUGACUCUUCUUACAAAUCCAAAUUCACUAGCAUUUUGGGACUUGUUGAGUUAAGCAAUUGACCAUCUGAGAACUUCUAAACUUAACCACAUCUUACCCUUAGAGAAAAAGGGGUCUAUUUCAAAAUGGAAAAACAAGCCCCUCAGUCAGUUACCUACUGUAGAAAUAGCAUGUCUGUGUUAAGUAUAUGUGACUUUCUUUGCUAUUCACUAGCCUUAAUCAUGGGGUAAGAAACACUUGUGAGGAAGUACAAUGUGUGGUGGAGUUUUGGGAAGCUGUAAUAAUUGUGUGGGGGGAUGUUAUGUGAACAGAGCCACAAUUCAUUUUUUUUGCAUGGCAGAGUAUGUAGUAGAGAUGAAAUAUUGCUGCCAAGACAGAGGUUUGUCUUAACCCUCUACAUCCUCAUGGAAACAAAAUGCAAGGUUAUGAUUCUGUGGUAUGAAUAAGGAGUAUCUUUUUGGGUGGAUAACAGAAAAGUCAGAGAAGGGGAAGAGGUAAGAUGCACUGUAUAUUUUAGGAAAGCGCAAAAACUUUUGGAAGCUGGUCUUCCAAAAAUCACAUGGGGCAAUUUUUAAGGGGUAAAAAUGAAUUAAGCAAUAAAGAAAGUGCAAUUAGCUUAAACUGCAGCCUUUUUGUUCUAACUAUUUCAUAUAUGAAAAUAAGUGACUGAGUAAUGGUAGAUGGUAGGAGUGAACUCUGUAAAUAUGCUUAUGUAUAUUUAAUCUUGUGGGUGGUGCCUAUCUUGUACCAUACGCUCAAAGUUCUGCCUUCACUUAGACCCAUGCAACCCCACUGACUUCACAGGCAGAAUUUGGCUCUAUGUACAUUUAAGAAUUCAUGUGCCUUUUAAAAAUCCCCUAGAUGCCAAAAAUCAUAUCUGGAAAAAAUCAUUUACAAGACAGACCAUGUAACUUAUAAAAUGUCCUAAUUUAUAGACGAGUUAAAUGUGUUUGGUUCAUCUGCUGAUCUGAUCUUUCUUAUGAAUGUUUGUCUUGUCUCUUAUGGUAUUUUGUUCCCUAUUGCAGUCAGUAACACUUGAGUCAGAAAUAGUUUUCCAAAGCAGUAAAGUAAACUUAGGCAACUGAGGUCCUUCAUAUUGAAGAUGGUGAGGUAACUGCACUUUUUGAAAGCUAAUCUGUUGAAAAGAGCAGGCUUGCCAUUCGUUUUCUCUAGAAAGAAUACUAUUCAUAGUUAAAUAUCUUGCACAUAAAUAGGAGCAGUUUUCUAUGCUGCUUCUCAUACCUCAGUCAUUUUCUGUGAAGUCAAAAUGUUUGUGGUGUGGUGUGGUUUGUUUUUACAUAUUUCAGCAAACCCAGUGUAUUUUUGCACUUUGUGCUUCACAUUCUGAGCUAUCAAAGUGUAAAGAUAAUCUUUUUCCUGUGAGAAUGAAGUGGGAGAUAUUAAGAAUGUAUGGGAUGCAGCAACUCUAAAUAUGUACAAUACACACACCUGUGUUCACUUGUCUGCUAUACUGAGCUGAUGACAUGAAAAUGCAAGUCACAUUACUCACUCAGAUACUGAGGAUUAGAGCAUUUUUGUAAGGUGAAAUUAGCCUCUUCCGCUACCACCCAAAUAUUUUUCUACUGUAACUAUCACUGUACUAUGUAAACUGGUCCAUUUUAAGAAUAAAUCAUAUUUUUUUUGUUUUUGA